AUCAUCCCAUGAUUCAAUUCGUUACAAUUCCCUUCAUAGUUCAAUCAGCACUCCCCUGAAGGCGCUCUCAAAAUGGCGGCCGCCGGAACACGGACUCUCGAAUUCACAAUCCUCUCAGCAGAGGAACUCCGCCUCGAGGGGAGACCCGUCAAGAAGAACGCGUUCGCCGUCGUGAAAACCGACCCGUUCAUCAAUUCCGGGUCGACCAGGGCGGAUUCCGACGGCGGGAGCUACCCUCAGUGGAACGAGAAGGUUGUCGUCGAGAUGCCAAUGCCGCCUGCGAAUUCGGUGACGUUGGAAGUCCGAUCUGGAAACAGAGUGGUCGGAGCGGUGGCCGUGCCGGUUUCCGAUUUCUUGGGGGACGGCCUGACGCCGGAGGAUUACUUGCAUUUUUUGAGCUACAGGCUGCGGGACCCGCGAGGGGUUAAGAAUGGAAUCAUCAAUUUCUCGGUUAGGGUUAGGGGCGGCGGCGGCGGGGGAAGUAUUUAUGGUUGUUCGCCGGCAGCGGGGAAGAAGGUGGUGGAGGCGGAAUGCGGCGGUUCUUCCACGCCUCCGUCGUGGGGAGUGCCGAUGGUGGAUGGCCGGAGUAAUUACGGUGGCGGCGGAGGAGUGGUCACCGGCGUUCCUGUUUGGGGCUCUUCUCGCGCUUAAGUUCAUGUUCAAUCGUCAUUGGCACUCAUCUGGGUUCGGAUUUGAUUGUGAAUUGUGAUGUAUAUGUUUGAUAAGUACAUAUUAUAUAUUGGUUUCUCAUAAACUAUAUAUUUUCUUUUCCAUCAAACUCCAAAGCUACAAAGAUUAGUUUACAUAAUCUUUAGAAUGACAAACUAAUAACAUAGAUGGUUAUAUAUAGAAGUUUAGAUUUCUAUUAACUCCGGUUAAGUGGUAACAAAGUCAUUAUUUAGUAGUAAACCAUAACAAUGGUAGAAUCAUGUUCCAACGCGGACAACUUAAUGGUCAACUAUAAAGUAGGUCACGUGUAUCAAGAAGAAAACAAGGUUCCAGUCUUCCAGAUAAGUGUGCCCAAAUGUGACAUCGCCUGGAGCGGCCGAGGGUUGGACGACACGUGUCGACAGACGAUGAUGUUCUCCGGCGGAUUGUGCAGGAGGAUGAUGUCGUGGGGAAGAUCAUCAUUCGGAACCGGAAGAGAUAGGAACAUUCAUCCGUUAGUGAUCACAUUGAAUUGUAACUAGUAUGUCAAAUUGUAAAUAUUUUUGCGUAUAUUAAUUGAAUAAUCAGUAGUUAUCUUA